CAACGAAUUUUCCUCAUUUUAUUUGAUUAGAAAUUCUGGAAAUCGUUUAAAAGAAACCAAAAUUCAUAUUGAAAAUAGUGAUCAUUAAUAGGUACUAGGAUCAUUAAUAAGCGACUGACAGUAAUCAGUGUGAAAUGAGUGACAAUAAUAUGGAAGGAAAGGACUGUUUGUUGAGUUUGGAAACAAUGAAUCAAAGGAUUCGGCGGAUGGAGUACGCGGUCAGAGGAGCCAUACCUAUGAGGGCCACAGAAUUGGAGAAAGAGCUCAAAUCAGGUCUUAAGAAACCGUUUGAUGAAGUGAUUCGCGCCAAUAUAGGCGACUGUCAUGCCAUGGAUCAAAGACCACUCACAUUCUUCAGACAAGUCUUAUCAGGAGUUCUCAAUCCAAACGAAUGUCUUUCAAACCCUAAUAUACCAGAAGAUGUCAAACAAAGGGUUACUUUACUAUUAGACGGAUGUGGCGGCAGAUCUGUGGGCGCCUAUUCAGACGCCUCCGGAGUUGAGAUCAUUCGAAGACAUGUCGCCGAAUAUAUCGAGGAAAGGGAUCAAAUAGCGAGCGAUUGGCUUAAUAUAGUGCUGACUACGGGUGCGUCUGAGGGCGCAAAGGCUAUGCUCUCGUUUAUAAAUUCGGGAUCAAAUGAUGGCAUUCCCACCGGUGUUAUGGUUCCCAUACCUCAGUACCCGUUAUAUUCUGCAACCAUUUGUGAGUUAGGAAUGCAUUUGAUUUCAUAUUAUUUGGACGAACAGAACGAAUGGGCGCUAAGUAUAGAUGAAUUGAGUCGAGCCCUCGAAGAAUCCAAGAAUCACUGCAAACCAAAGGCAAUAGUUGUGAUAAACCCGGGAAACCCAACCGGUUCUGUACUCACUCGACAUAAUAUUGAGGAUAUUAUAAGGUUUGCCAAACAAAACAAUCUCAUCAUAAUAGCCGAUGAAGUCUAUCAGCACAACGUCUGGAAAAAUGGGGCAAAAUUCUACUCAUUUAAGAAAGUUAUGCACGAAUUGGAGGUUAAACUCGAAUUGGUGUCAAUGAUGAGCGCUUCCAAGGGUUUUAUGGGUGAAUGUGGUCUUCGUGGCGGAUAUUUAGAGAUCACUAACUUUGAGCCUCAAGUGAAGGCAAUGUUCUUCAAGAUGUUGAGCGCCAGACUCUGUUCGUCCAUUUUAGGCCAAAUAGCAAUGGAUUGUGUGGUCAAACCUCCGACCAUUGGUGAGCCUUCUUAUGAGAUAUUUAUCAAAGAAAAAGAGGAGGUCUUGGAAUCACUUCGAAAGAGGGCUAAACUAACUGCUGAUACGUUUAACUCGAUCCCUGGCAUUGUGUCCAAUCCAGUGGCCGGCGCUAUGUAUGCCUUUCCCAAAAUUGUUUUGCCGGACAAAGCGAUUAAAGCGGCCGAAGAGAGGGGACAAAAGCCUGACUUCUUCUAUGUAAUGACAUUACUGGAGAAAACAGGCAUUUGUGUUGUGCCCGGCUCUGGCUUUGGACAAAUACCCGGGACCUAUCAUUUUCGGACUACUAUUUUGCCACAAACUGACAAAUUGGAGAGAAUGAUGAAAAAAUAUACAACUAUGCACUCAAUGGCCAAAUCGUGCGAUACUUUCGUUGUGUUACCGCCGAUGACGGCUCACAAGCUCACCAUCUUUGGCAAGAACUCGGACAGACCUAACGGUGAGGUCCAAGAGAUUGUUUAUUACCCGCGAAACACAUACGAGAGUGGAUCCAAAACAGAGUGCACUUACAUAUCAAUCGAGUCGACGCCACAGACCUAUGCAGUGAUGUUAAGUAAGCCGUCGUGGAUGUGGGGCUCAGAGAUGGGAUCCAAUGAGUUCGGGCUCUGUGUCGGCAACGAAGCCGUUUGGACACAACUCAAUGGACCCAAUGAUGAGGAGGAAAGACUCCUCGGCAUGGAUUUG